CCUGACUGCUCGCCUCUCUCUCCUCCAGCCCAACAACUCUCUGCCUUCACAGAUAUGAGUUCUGUCUCUAGCGACUCUGGGCGAUCCUCGUCUCUGUCCUUGUUUUCGGUGGCCUCAUUUGCCCCCACAGGCUGCAGUCAUGGGAAAGAUGCGGUGGUGUUCUGUGCCACCUGCUCCAUGCCACUAUGUGAGGACUGCUUGGCUCAUGUGGGACAUCGCAGCCACAAGUUCAAGACCAUGGAACAAGCAUGCAGAGACAAACUAGAUACGAUUGCUGGGCAACUUGAAAAAUGUUCUGGCAGGAGCCAGAGUAACUCUGAGCAAAAGAUGGAGAAGAUAGAAAAAGACCUUGAAAGGGACUUCCAGACGGUGCGAGACAGUUUCACUAAAAAAUACAGAGAACUGGACGAGCUGCUGAAUGGCAACAAAGAACAGGCCAUCACACUGUUGGAGGCCCAGAGGCAAGGCCAGCAGAAGCACCUGUAUGUUCUGGCCGAGGAGGGUGACCGCUACAAGACACGGGCCAACCACCUGCAGACGCUCAUAGCAGAUUUGGGGAAAAGGGUGUCGUCACAAGACAACUCUUCUACAUGCAUUCUGGAAAUCCAGGCACAUCAAAUCAGUAUUGACCUUAUUGAUGAAUUCUACAAGAAAGUCACCCAAAACAGCAAGUUUGACAAAUCAAGGUUGGAGGCCCUGGAGAAAUCCAUCCAGCGUAUCGUUGAUCAAACCGGUGAAAUCUUCCCUCGACCAUGGCAAUAUUAUGAAGACAUCACCUUUAAUCAUGAUCCUGACAAAGCAGACGGUAGCCUGAUGAUAUCUGAUUCCCAAAUCAGCGUCAGUCCCCACCGCUCGUCCCCCAAAGUCCCCUACCAGACUAAAGAAACCCCGUUCUACAUCCUGGCCAAGCAGUGCUGGAAGACGGGGCGCCACUACUGGGAGGUGGACGUGGGGCACUGCCGCACCUGGGCAGCUGGUGUUGUGGAGCUGGCCAAUGGCAGCCGGCCGCCAUCACAAGCCACACUAAUGCGCCUGGGACGCAACAAGAGGUCGUGGAUGCUGGAGUCUGAGGACGGGGAGCUGACCGCUCUGCACAACGACAACCUGAGCAUGGUCAAGCAGUCUGAACAGGAUAUGACACGCCUCGGGGUCUACCUGGACAUGACCAAGAACAGCGGCCGACUGACCUUCUACGAUGUGGGCAGUGGCGCGGUCCUGCACUCCUUCUGUCUGCGCUUCAAGAAGAGCUUGUUCCCCGCCUUCAGUCUGACCAGAGUGGACGGCCAGGUCCAGAGUCUGCUGCUCUGCAAUCUGGGCCUCAGGACGGAGAGUGUGAGCGAGUCAGAGAACUCAGCCAACAGGGCGAGCCUGAGCUCAACACGGCCUGAGAACGAGUAUGACUCAGGGUUGGAUACAGGGGGCAGCUCUAGGUCAAGCUCUGACAUGUCCGAUUCAGAAUCCUCCGACAUAUCGGACUCCUCUUCAGAUUCUCACAGUCCGAGGAGCGAGGAGUCUUCUGCGGAGUCUUCCUGACCACCUCUCUCCUGACCUCCUCUUAGUAAUGGAGUUGUGGAGUCUCUCCUGACCUCCUCUUAGUAAUGUGGAUGUGGAGUCUCUCCUGACCUCCUCUUAGUAAUGUGGAUGUGGAGUCUCCUCUGACCUCCUCUUAGUAAUGUAGAUGUGGAGUCUCUCCUGACCUCCUCUUAGUAAUGUGGAUGUGGAGUCUCCUCUGACCUCCUCUUAGUAAUGUGGAUGUGGAUCCGUAGACUGAAUUGGGUAGGUUGCGUAGGACGCCAUGCUCCCAGAUUUCAUGCAGGCUGGAGUGAAAAGCACAUCAUGAAUAUUGUAGAACACAAUAUAAUCAAUUUCUGAUGAAUAUUGCUGAUCAAUUUCUGACUUUUCACUUUGCAAAGCACUUAUUUCUUGCACAAGUUAAGCUUGUUUUGACUAAAAGCAAAUUCUCUAUGUUCAACAAUGGUGAAUGGCCAUUUAUAUUCAUCUGCAUUUCUUAUUUCAUGUGGGUCUAUGUUUUAACUAUGUAAAAUAUAGGCUAUUCAAAUGUUUCUUGCACUAUUGUAGAAUGCACUUCGGUGUCCUUGGACCCUACAGCCUUAACUGGACAUCUACUGACAGGAGCAAGAUUUUGUAAAACAUGUUGUUAAACAUAUUGUUAAUUAAAUAUAUUGUUAUUUAUUUAUUUAACAUGUAA